AUGUUCAAAGGAAUCAAGAAUGUGAUACCGACGAAGUGGACCCCACAAGGCGAUCUGUUAGCUGAUGCUCGUCUGACGCUUUUCGUCACUCACGGUGGCGCAAACAGUAUGAUGGAAACGGCAAUCCGCGGGAAGCCGGUGAUCACUAUUCCAUUGUUCGCUGAUCAGAGCAAAAAUGCAAAGCUGAUGAGUAAAUAUGGAUUCGGUGUGGUACUGGAGAAGUCUGAACUACUCGGCGGCAAAGGAUUUCAUGAGGCUAUUGGCCGGGUCAUUAACGAUCCCAAGUACCAAGUCUCUGCUACCCGAAUCAGCCGCUUAUUAUCGCGACGUCCAUUCAGCCCUGCUGAUAAGUUGGUGAAAACCGUUGAACUCGCUGCCGAAUUUGGCAGUUUACCCGAAACUAAAAACGCAGGCAGAAAUCUCGGAUUCAUUGUAUACCACAAUAUUGACCUACUUCUAAUUUUAACUGUUGUAUUAGUUUUGUUGAUUCAGUCUACCAUUGUACAUUGUUAUGCGAUUAGCUGGGCGCUGCUUUUCAUCAAGAAAAGAGAAAACGCAGUAGGUUAG